AAUAAACAAACCGAAGCCUAAAAGGCCUUCUCUGUUACCUCUGUGAUUAGAUUUUUUAGGCUACGGAGCCAGUUUAAAAACAAGGAAAGUUCGUAGUGCGGCGUAGUCUUCAAGCGUCACUUGCUGUAUAAGACCCCCGACAUCGCAUCCUGAUAAGCAUUGAAGAAAGAAUUUCGUUGCACGACUACUUUGGCCAACAACAAUAUUCAUUUAGUAGGUGGCAUUAGAAGCCAUGGAGAUUGGGAUUGGAGGACGGCGUAUGGUGAUCCAGCUGAAUUGGAGCCGUCCGAAACUGCAAGACCAAUUGCUUAAAAGCGCCUUGACAUUGACGAAAAUCGACGCUGAUGCCGGACAAAAUGUCACGCCGACUCAUUCAUUGGCUGUCUGUUUGCUUCAACACGGGCUGAACCGUUACAGCGACUUGCGUAGGCUGGGCGAGGCAUGGCGUAGCACAAAAUCUUGUGGGAUCAACUGCGACGAAGGUGAUUGGAUCCGAUUCUGCCAACAUUUGGAUAAAAAAAACCAGGAAGCUGAACUUGAGCUGAAGAAUGAACAAAUAACUAAGAAAGCUUCAGAAGAAGUAACACCUCGAUCAUCAACUGUUAAUUUACAGCGAAUCAUAAAAGGGGUAGUUGAUACCCUCGACCAAUUCCAAUGGUUGGGAUUGUUAAACACGUCAAGUCCGUUCCGGGUCGGUUGCAUUGUCGGAGAAGAAAAUGUAAUUGAUAUAAGACCGAAAAUCUACGAAUCAGCCGAGUCUAUUUGCAGGCAUCAGUACGUAUGGUACGAUAGCGAUUCACAAACGUUUCACGGUAUCGCCAAAUGGAUGGACACAUUUCAAGAUCGACAGGCGUACCGUGUCGCUCUGUCUUGUCAAGUGGCUCAAAAUCUCAAAGACUUUUGUUGCUGUUUGCUGAAAAAAGGCAAUCCAGGUGAUGAUGAACUGGAAACGCGAUCCAUGGCCUAUCUGAAAGAGCUGAACCAACAGCUGGACCGUAACAUCGAGGAUCACUUAGCGAUGGUAGAUCGAUGGGAUGAGGCCAGCGAGGAGAGCAGUAAGCUUAAGAUCCUACUACACGAACUUCUCGAUCCGAGUUUCGACGAGCACAGAUUCGAAAUCAACUUGGAACUGAGACAAGAAUUCAUCGAGAGCUUAGAAAAAGCUUACGGUGAGGUGCAGAUUCUUCGACAAGAGGCCUAUGAGAAGGCUCGACUUCAAGCCAUUCAGAACAGGGAAGAGGAUGAACGCAAGGAACGGCAGUUCAAGUUGGAAAUUGAAACCGCUACCGUUGAAAUCCAACGACUCGAACAGGAAAUUGAAGUGGACGAACGAUCGGCUCAACAUCAGUUCGGAGAUCGGACGGAGCAGAUGAAGAAGGCACGUUACCGCGACCUGUGGCAGACAGCCAGGUACAAAGUGCUGGAGACGAGCAACCGCAAGAAGCCGCUGAGAUUCAUCGGUGCCGCCCAGGUACUCAUCAUGCAAAAGCGUGAGCUGCUAAAGAGCAAGACCGAACAACUAGAAUGGGAUCGCUUCCUUUUGCUGCUGCACGGACUGCCUCCUCCGUUGGAGAUCGCCAAACACGGUCGCAAUCACAAACUAUUCGCCAUCGAUACUGAUGACACAGCCGACGCCCUGCUCACUGACGUCCUUGAGGAGUUGAAGCUUUUGGAAUUGUUUGAGAAGCAGGGAGGAAAUUCUCUGCUGUUGAAGUCGUACGCACGACAGAACUCGUCCAAGGUUUUGGCCGAAAUACGACGCAUCCUCGACAAGAUGGUAACGGAGCCCAUCAGCAGCAUGUCAAAUCAAACGUGGAGAUUCAGCGGUUGCGCACUCCUCUUGAGUCACAUUUACAACCAAUGGAAGACAAAGAAUUCGUCAUCGUCCGAACAUCGCUGUGAAGAGAUCACAAUUGAAGCUUCCCGUGUUAUCUAUAUCGACAUGGAUUGGAUGACGCCGGGAUUGAGUUUGGCUCUGUCGUCGCCUCGAAUCGAAGCCGUUGGAACGGGCAUACCUCGUGUGAUUGACUUAUCGGGUGAAGACGCCAAACGGACAAUUCCCGAAAAAGCCAACGAUGGACGCGAUGCUGGAUUGAGUGGCGACGACGGAGAGCACGGAGCGGCCGGUCAGAGUGCCGGUCAUUUCUCUAUUAACUGUGACAUUUACCUCGGCAUCCGGCUCGUCAUCCAUGCCAGAGGCGGUAAUGGUUCCAAUGGACAGAACGGCGGCGACGGAAAACCCGGAAUCAAUGGUCAAAAUGGAAGAGGCGGAGAGCUACAACCGAAAGAGAAAGUGAAUCAAGAUUUCGAUUUUAUACCGUUGAGAUAUCACUGGAACUUUCCGAAUAGUGUCUAUCAAUAUUAUUCUGGUAAAAUAUACGACACUUGUCACUUGGUUCUCGGAGAGCCCGGAACACCAGGCAAGUCCGGCGGGAGCGCUGGAAGCGGCGGGUGCGGAGGACAGGGAGGAUCUGCUGGCGAAGUUAAGGUGAAAUGUGGCACGGGUGAUGAUCUAAUCGACAUAGCGCAAAACGAAAAAGGCAAAGAUGGCACGGAUGGCAAGCCUGGAACAAGCGCUAAAGGGGGAGAGGGAGGACGCAACGGCCUUGACUCGGCACGUGUUUUUGAAACAGAUUCGGAUUCGCUAGACCCCUGGUUCUGGGUGGCUGGCAAAUGGCAUGAGGCCAAAGGCAAAUUGAAAAUUGAACGCAUAAUGCGCAAAAGUAAUCAAAGUGAACAAAUUGGUUCGAGGAUCAUCGUUGUCGCUGAAGACAGCGGAAGAGCGACCGACGGAGAGCGAGGUGAAGACGGCCAAGACGCGGAUCAGAGCCACCAGAAAAAAUCAACACCCAAAAGGGCAAUGGUAGAAGCGGGGGCAUCCUGGAGAAGCGACGCUGCUGCCACCGCUUUAGCAUCCUUGCGACUCCAGCAGAAAGAGGCGGCCAUCCAGAAACUUGGCGCCGCCAUUACCAACUCCAGCGAAGCGGCAAGGCGCGCCAGAGCCGCCGCCAAACAACAAGAGGCCAACGAGAAGAAACUGAAACAAAUGAAAGAAGGUGAACAGCGGAUGCGCAAGGCAUUCCAACUGGCCAAGACGCAAUCCACGUCCCAGCUGAUGCGCACUACGCAGAGGACCCACACAAUCGCCACACACCAGGCAGCUGGUGCAGGCGAAAGUUCAAUCAGCCUUAAAGAAAAUGACGAGUUCAUUCCUAACACGGCCCACGUCCUAGCCAAAACACAACCAGCGACCCAGUCUGAGUGGGCCGCCAUGAAUGGUGUGGAUGUCCUCGACGCUCUCGUCGCCAAGUAUUCAAAGAUCUCGAAUGAAUCGUCGAGAACCUUGUCCAUUCUGACGCAAUCUAUAGUCCUGCAAAUCUACUUGCCAGAGCCAGCGGACCGCGGACUCGUUUGGUCCUCGAUUGGGAAAAUAACGCGACGCAUAGAUGGUCACCCGGACCAUUUGAUUCAAUCGCUUCGAUGUAUUAGCCAGGACAUCGAUCUGAUCCAAGAGCUUAUAUCGGCUAAAGGAGGCAUUCUCCUCAAACCAAUGAGCGAAGUCAUCCUGAAAAAGACAAAUGACAUGGCCCGGGACAUCGUGACGACCGCUGAGAAUGCACUCGACGUUUUAGGCGUAUUGUACGCUUUUCGACAGCUAAGCUGGAGCUACGAAGAGCUCCAAAAUUUACUUGAGCUGCUGGAAGAUAACGAGACGGCACCUGACCCAGCCAAGAGCAAACUGAUCCAAUUUCUGCGCGACAAAUUGAUCUAUUCCGUUGCCAAAAAGAUGACGACAGCAACAUCGGUCAGAGGUGGGAAUAAAGAGCAUCCUGAUGAAACGAUGAUCCAAUCACAAGUGCUAACGCUUAACGGUUUGCUGCAAUGUUGCUCUCUUCACCUCACAUCUCCUGACGCUGUGCCGGUGGCAACGUUUUUCGAUGAGCUGAUGGAAAAACUGAAAAAUAUCUCUGGCAAUGAGGGAAAAACCGGCGAUGACGUCAACGUCGCCCUGACGGACUUUGCCUGUCGUCAAAUUGGAAUCGACAAUGUACGCGAUUUGAUGCCGAUUUCAAACACCGCGUCCUCAGUUUCACCCGCCAAUCAAAUGGCUCUCAAUGUGGAUGAUGAGCAGCGCUUGGAAAAGCUUCGUUUCCUUUUGAGUCACACGAAAGUCGAUGUCGAUGAUCUGGACGCUAUCCGUUCAGCUGUGGAAAAAAGGAAAACCUUCCACAAAGAGCCGUACAAAACAAUCUACUCGCUCGCCGAACAAGCGUUCAUCAACUUUUACUGGACUCGCGAAUGGGAAAGUUAUUACGAUUUCUUGAAGGAAAUCAAAGAGAGCCAAAAUCGUCCAAACAAAAGCCUGUCUGAAGUGCUGGACAAGGCGGAACUACACGGCCAGUUGAACGAGCUUCAGAAAGUGGUCGAACGAUUGAAGGCGGCCCUAAUGUGGACUCACAGUGGUAAAUCUUACAAAGAGAUGAUGGAGGUAUGCACUAAGCUCAAGGAAAAGCUCGACACAUCCGGAUGGAAGGAUAAAUUCAGCGCAGCUUGGGCAAAACUGAAACGAUCUUCUGACGAGAAGGAAACACCCUGGGUAAAGUGCAUAAAUUGGGCUCGUGAGCAGGAGAGGAACAUUGUCGGAUUUUUUGAAGACUCGCACAAGGAUUUGCCAGAGACUAAUAGCAAAGAUUAUUUUAUGUCAUUCGUCUCCCGUUUAAAGACAAUUCACCAACCAAGUAAAUCAGACAAGGAUUCGAUGCGAAAGGCUUUGCAUUAUCUUGACCAAAACAAACAGGUUCCUUUCACUGUUUCCGAAAUGAAACUGUUCAAUGAGGUGUUCAGCGAAACAAGGGAAGGCAUUUUCAAGGAUGAAACGAUCCUUCGUGACCAAGCCAAGUUGAAAAACGAGUACGUCGAAAGCUAUGCAGAUCACCAUUUCCUCAGAUGGAUAGACAGCUACAAGAAAAUUGCGCUAAUUCAAGAAAAAAUCAGCACACAGUGGGAGAGUUGUUCCACAGAUUCCGAUAAGGCGUCCCAACAAGCCAAAGUGGUGCGUCGGAAGAACAUCUUGUUGAACCGCUACGCCGCACUCACGACGUUCUUCUUGUCGCCGCAAAAAUGCCACGAAGAAUGGCGUUCUUUGCAAGAAUUGAAAGUGGACGAGUUAGAUCAACAGCUUAGAACAAGAGUAUCCAAUACUUUUGGAAAUCGCAUCCAGCAAAUGAUUGGCGACGUCGAGGCGGCCCUCAAUCAAAUCAAGGAAGGAGAUAAUGUUCAGUCAGACGGUAUUGCUGAAGAUGGAGGAGGUGAAACGCUGUGCACUGAAACCAAGCGAUGCUUAUCCAUUGUUGACACCUUGCUCACGUCAUCGAAUUGCCUUCUUGUUAAAAAAGAGCUCAGUUCCACGAUUUCUACGAUCCUUUCGGAUGUCUUGCUGUUGUUCGAGUACCUCGUCGAAUUGGACGACACGAACGCCGAGCGUAUAACGCCAUACCUAGAAAAAUGGAGGACGUCUUUGGCGACCAUGGAAGAAACUGGAAACUUAUUGAAACUAUCGGCUGACGUCCGACGAGGAGUGGCCAAUGUUUUGGACAUAGCCAACUGGUCGACCACCAGCGACGACCGUCUACUUGAAACGCUCAACCGCCGCACUAAGCAAAAUCGCGAAAACAUGACAAAUGCCCUACAACGUCAAAAAACCUUUAUCGAACUUUUGACACGAGAACGGUUGGUGGAUGACGUCUUGAGCGUCGUCAAGGCAUCUGUCGAUUGCUUGGAAGAAGGUGAAGAUUUAAAUCCAUCCAGCCUUUGCUGUCACAAGAAUCACAACUUACCACUGUUGAUUCAAAAGCAAGUGGACAUUUGGAACAAAUGUACUCCUUCCGAGUUUCAUUCAAACGGAAAAGAUGCUCUAGCUUUUCUAGAUGCUUUGCUAUCUACCACGUCUGAGAAGCUGCUGAAAGCGCGAGCCUCCUUAGCAAGCGAACUCCUCGUUCAUCAUAUUGACACUCCUGAGAACGUCGACGUACUGGAGCGAUGGACCAAACGUAUCAACGAGUUUGUGGUAACAUUCGGCACUAAUAUGGAUUCGGACGAAGAAAUGGCCAAUCGUGUGAUCGAACUUCAGGCUUCCUUGAUCGCUCAUUUUCACGUGUUCCAGACAAGAAAUCUAAGCCUUUUCGAAGAGGCCAAUAAGCUGCAUGCCGAAAUUAACAGUAAAAUAGUGACAGAGCAGCUAACCGUACUGGCUCGAGUGCUGGGUAAAUCCAAAACUGAAUCCAACUGUCUACUCGUCACAAGUCUUUGCCAUUUCGUCAGCAUUCUUAGCAAAUGUGCCACAACUCGCCAACGACUAAUCGCGUCGGAUUGCAUCAUUGAAAUUAUCGAACAGCUAUUCCGCGACCCAAAUGUCAAGAACAAUAAUGUGGAAAUGAAAACGAUCUUCGAUGUAGUGUAUUUUUCUUCUGAGGGAUUUACCUUCACCGAAAAGAGCUACUUGGAGCGUUUCAUUCAAACAGAGUCUUGUUGCAAAGACAAUAAUAUGAUCAUGCGCUUGUUUGACAAAAUCGGGGCCACAAGAAAAGGAAAAGAAGGCAACAUAUCUUCAAGCGUUACCAACAGGUUGAUUGAAGCCAUUGACUUUCAAAGCCUUUUGACCCAGGAAGAACGAAAGUACCUCACCCUUUUGGCCAACGAUGAGGUUGUGGAGACAGUGCUAAAAAAUCUACCACCGACAGCUUACUUGGACUGCUUGAAGGAACGUGCAACUAACCAAAUCUAUCGAAGACUCAUUCUCCAUUUUUACGGAGAGGAAGACGGCGACCUGACUGAUCUGCUGAAGUCGUACAAACCGGCGAAGAAGGCGGGCGAUGGAGAGGAAACAGCAGAACAACAAGAAAACAGCCCAUCUGAUUGCAAACUUCUGAUAGUUAGCCAAUUCCAGAAAUCCUUCGGUAGGGCGUACUUCUUCGUGAAACGAGACGGCAUUGAAUUCGAAUGGCUUGCGUGGUUGCAAGAGACGGUUCUCAAGUCAUUGCAAUCAAUGCGUCGCGAUUUGCUGACGCUCGCCAAUGUAACGCAACUCAUUUCUGCCUCUGCCGAAUUCAAACUCGAUGAGCUUUUUCAAUCGACCGUAACCGCUCGACCCUAUCAGUGGCUGGAUAAUCUGCUGGCGAACUCCAUCUUGAAAGCCGUCGAUAAACUCGAUCCUGCAAAAACUGGCAAUCAAGCCGAACGGAAGACUCAACGUCGCCAUCUGACGUCGGAUCUACACGAGUGUCUGAGAUCACCGCAGCUGCAAGGCCGAAUCGUUCUGGAAGUCUUCCGCCGCAAAUUGGAACAAGAGACCCGCCUAGUGGCAGCCAUGGAGUCUGUCGACUUUUCUUACGCUGCCGGACUGGUGAGUGGCCUCAAGACUCUCACCAAAAUCGACGACGUCGGCAGGUUUCAGGGUACUUCCCUCAAGCACUGGCCUAGGCUGAUACGUCACUGCAAGCUAACGGAAAUCUGGCCGUCUGGUCUGGCCAAUCAGCUUGUAACGAUACUGGAUCAUCGCUUGGGCCAAGACAAGGCGGACUGCUUCCUCCAGCGUUUCAAAACAAAAUUUGGCAAUGUUCAAAAUGAAUCGCUAAACCCAGAAGAAAAUGAUAGGCCGGCUGGCAAACUCAUCAUCCAGUUGGAAGGCAUAGUCAAAAACUUGUCGAAAUACCCAUGGAUCGUGGAUUCGUUUUUCGCUUUGGUGCGGUCGCCAGAUGUCGCCAACAGCGAAGAUGAAGAUUACCACUGGCAACACAUCCAAAGUAGAGAAUUCAUCGAACAAGAAAGAUCCAAAGCCUCGCAAUCCAAUCUAAGCGUGGCCGAACUGUUGAGAUCGAUGAGAAACGAUCCCGAAAACGAGGCCGUCAUAGGAAAAAUGACAAAACAGAAUAGCUUCGUGCAAACAAUCGAUGAUAUUAAGCUGCUGGCUAAGCGCGAGCCAAGAAGCCAAUGGAGCCAGAAGGACAUCGAUGACUGGGUGACUAAUAUUAAAAAAUGCACAGCAGAGGUAGAUCUUGUCGAUUUCCUUUCGGUGGCCUUCCGGGCGGUGCAGUUGCAAAUGAAAUUCGAAUUGCGCGACUCGCAGAUGCUUGCCAUUUUAAUGUUCGUGACGCCGAGCGAGAAACAAAGAGUGCAGCGCCGAAUGGCGCAAAUCUCCACGGGCGAGGGCAAAACGCUGAUCACCACCUUGCUGGUCAUCUAUCACGUGCUUUCCAACUGGUCGAACGGGAGACGCCUCGUCGACGUCAUCACCAGUUCACCGGUUCUAGCCGUGGACAACGUCAUCGAGAUGAAGAGGUUCUACAAAGUUUUCGGCGUUGGCGUGCAGAACAACUGCGACGCAACCUGCUCCGAUGACGAGGAGUUGCGCAGGAAGCGCUACAACACGGACGUCGUGUACGGUGACCUGUCCAGCUUCCAGCGCGACAUCCUCUUGAGUCGAUUCUUCUCCGAUCGCGACAUCACCUGCAACCGGGAAGCUGGAGCCGUCGUCGUCGACGAGGUAGACAGCAUGCUUUUGGACAAAGGUGAAAACAUCUUGUACUUGUCGCACAAGAUACCCGAAAUGGACGACCUCGUUCAGGUGUUCGUCGAGAUAUGGCAUACCGUCCACGAUCCUUCGGUCGCUGCUGGAGACAAGAGAGCACAAGCCACUGUGUACGAGAGCGUAAAGGAACGCGUUGAGAACGGCGACAUCCGCGUUCCCAAGUGCCUCGAACCCUUCGUCCUGCGCUACCUGCUGGUGUGGACGCGCAACGCGUUCCGAGCCAAGAAGGUGACCACCAAAGAUUCGUACAAAGUGGACGACGUCGGCGACGGCCGUGGACAGCAGAUCGUCAUCAUGGACAAGGAGACGGGCGUGGAACAAGUGCAAAUGCAAUGGUCGCACGGACUUCAUCAGUUUCUUCAGUUGAAGCACGCUCUGAAAUUGAGCCCCAUCUCGCUGAAGGCCGUUUUCAUGUCCAACGUGGGCUUCUUCGAGCAGCGCAAAAACGCCGCCCUGUACGGAAUGACGGGCACACUUGGCUCCACCGCCGAGUGCAAACUGUUGGGCGACGUGUUCCGCGUCGAUUUCUUCAAGAUGCCUCGUUUCCGGCGUCGCUUUUGCCUAGAAGAGGAUCACCUCUUAUUUCCCACGAGGAGCCUGUGGUUGGACAAUUUAGUAGGCGCAACCAAAGCCCAGGUGGACGCGAAACGAGCCGUGCUGGUUGUAUGCGAGAAUAUUGCCUCGGCAGAAGCCGCCUACAAUAAGCUUUUGUUUGCGUAUAAACAAGAAGAUCAAAGUAAGAAAGGGACGGAGGCCACAAUUCACGUUAAUAUCAGCACAUACGUCAGUUCGUUCGACAAAGGAUUCCAAAAGAAGCAACACGACUCCUCUCUGGCUCCCGGCGACAUCAUCGUGGCCACCAAUCUGGCCGGCAGAGGAACCGAUUUCAAGAUCAACGAGCAACUCGCCGAGAAUGGUGGGUUGCACGUCAUCAUAGGAUACAUGCCGGCCAACGCUCGUAUCGAGGCGCAAAUCGAGGGACGAGUGGCUAGAGCUGGUCAGCCAGGAAGUUUCCAGUUUGUCGUGUGGGACCCGACCGUCAGUGUGUCCAAGUCGGACGUCGCCUCGGAGCUUUGCGGCUUGAAAGUGAGGCGCGACGACCGAGAAUGCCGUCGGCUGGAACAAAUUCGCACUCGCGGUCUGCAGAAGAUCUUCCUGGAAGAAGAACUGUUCAAGAAAUUUCACGAGGAGAUUUACAACGUGGCGAGGAAGAUGUUGCGUCAAAAUACCUCGCCGGACGGCGAAUUGCAGUUGAAAUUUUUGACCAACAACUGGGCGCUCUGGUUGGAUGAUAACGCCGAUCACAUCGACAACAUUCACGUACGCAAAUCGGACACCGUCUACGCGAAUUUCAACUCAUUUCAAAUGAAAUGCCUCGAGUUGGCCGGUGACUCAGCCGGUAGUUUUGUGCGGUUCGCAUCGACGCCAUCUGAGCUGAUGAUUCUUGGCGAUUUUUUUGAAAAGACGAAAGAAACUGAACAUAAAGCGAAUCAUUGCUACAUACAGGUUGUCAAGAAAGAGCCGGACGAUUGCCCAGGUGCGCUCAUCCGUCAAGCGAAGCUGAUUUUUCGCGAAGCGGGCAGCGACGAGAAGAGCGAAGCGAAGCCACUGCUGAUCAGGGCGAGAACUUUGAUUGAAAACAAAAUCGGCCAGCUUUCCAUUUGUAACGAUUUGGUUAAGAAGACGUUGAAAACGCAUGAAAAGUCCGGCAGUGUCAUGAUCAAUGAGAAUCGAUUCGAGGAGCAGACAACCAAUUUGAUAAGCCUUUUACAGGUGCAUUUGACUGCCAUAGAUGACAUCUUGGGGCGGUCGGUUGUUGGCGCCCUGACCAUGCAUUUCCCGAAGGAAGAAGAAAUGCAAGACAUCUUAGCGCUGAUAACAGACGAACUGAAACGUAAAGGGCAUUGUAAGCCUUAUCGCUUGUCCAAAAGCGUGUCGGUGAGGUCGAUCGGUGUUGGCAAAGACAUGAGCGACGAUCACCAAACUGUUCUCUGGAUGGACUUCGGUACAACGUCACAACAGAGACGGAUCCAUUGGCCAACGGAGAUGGCCCAGUACGAACGCGCCGUCGUUCAGCGCAUUGAAGAAAGAAAAGACGCUCUGCGGCAAUCGUUCACCAAGUGCACGUUGACGGACGUGGUGGUCACCCAGAACCAGGUGUGGGAAGAGUUGGUCAAAGAAGGGUACGUAGUUCAGGAAAAGAUCAUCGACCAGGACGUUAUCCGUUGGGCGCAAUCGCAAAUUGAGGGUGAUUCUGCCGUCAAGGAUUUCCUCGAACAAUUGCCAACAGAAUUGGACUGUUUGAAAACUGUUCUUGUGGAUUGGCUCAAGCGUCACGACGAAGAACCCUUCGACCACGCCGUCACUCCGUUGAAGCUCGGCAACAUCACUUUGAAGUCACUCGAGAGCUUCCUGAAGGAGAGCCAAAUCGUGAUUCACAUCAAUCAUAGGCAGGGCGUGCUCUCCAAAGAGUUAUCGUUCGAUCCGAACCGAACGAGCUCGCCCGUUGUAGGCCUGUCGGAACAGUUGACGAAAUUCGACCAUUUAAUAGCGAUGUGGAUACUACAAAGUUCCUCGGAAGAACUUGGAGAAAGUGCAUUUAAGAAGGUAGGCGAGACAGUGUCUCGGGAAGAGUUGCCGUGCCCGAAAGACUCGGAAGAAGGGGCCGAGAAAAUCUGGAAAUAUCUGUUGAGCGAAGGAGUCAUCAAAGAACCUAAAGUUGCCUUUGCGCCGGGACUGAACAAGGAGGACAUCGAAAGCCGGAGGAAAGAAAUCACGGAAGUGGUUGAAUCAUUGGCCGGCGUUAAAGAGAUUUGCUGGAAGCACCGACCGCCACCGAAACCGGUGACCGAGCAUUCCGUUUACUACGAUGACCCAAGUUAUUGGGCGGACAGUGCGUGGAAUACCGUUGGAAAUGCGUUCAACUACGUCAAUCCCUUCGGUGGCGAGAAAUCGGACGAUGCGAGCCAGGCUACCAAUGUUGACGAAUGGCUAACCGAGAAACAAAACAAACAACACCUGGAAGCCUACAAGAGAGACGUCGUUUCGGCUUUGUUCAGCAGCAUAGGCCAGUUAAAGACCAUUCCGAUGGAGAACACUACGCUCAAGCCGCUUUCCGACUAUUUCGUGUCGGACACGUCGAGGACGUAUCCAGCGGAGGAAAUGCAAAGUUUAGCCGGCAAAUCCUUUACAGGAGUCAUCAAGUUAGAGGCGCACAAAACUUGGUGGGACUACUGGGACAGUCGAGCUUUCUACGUAGCCAUGGCAGGCGUCGCCCAAAUCGCGUUAGGGGUGGCCUUAGCCACAAUGUCGGGCGGACUACUCGCAGUUGACAGUAAAACUCUCAUCAGUGACAUUGGCUACGCAAUCCAGGCUGGGCUGACGGGUACUUUCUCCUGGGGAGGUUGCUUGUCACACAAAAAAUGGAGCCUGGCCAUGUCGGUCGCCACAGCCGGCCGUCUGGCUGUAAUGAGAUUCCAGGGCAAAGUGGAUUUGGCCCUCUGCUGGGCAGCAACCAAGAGAGCGCUGGCCAAGUGUGGUCAAGCUGUGCAGUCUACGAUGACUAGCUUGGGCGUCGAGAGGCUGUUGUCCUGGCUAAAAAAAUUCGUCAUCGAAAACGUUUUGACGCACGUGAAAUUCCUCAUCAGCAAGUCUCUGUGGUUUAAUUUCGACUCCCUAAGCAAUACCCUCGAUCGGAUCUGGGCGCUGCUGCAAAAGAUGGGACGAAGCGUGGAGGAUGUGAAACAAGUGAUCGACGGCUACUUGGACAAAGCGAAAUCAUCAGAUCUUAACACGCUAUGGGAACGUCGCAUGGCUGGGCAGGCGAUUUCGGUCGGAGGCGCCAUAGGACGUUUUUUCUCCGAGGCGAAAGAUGUCUUGGAUGCGGGUGUCGGCUACACCGAAAAGGCGAAAAAGAUUUUCAAUUGCAUCCUGAACGGCGCGGAGAUCUUUGGCCUUAUCACGUUCGCAGAAGAAUACGUCAAGAACGUGGAGAGCUCCCUGUCUGAGGAAGCGAGAAAACUAGAAGCUGGAGAACAGGAGAAGGAAGCGAUGCAACAAGCUCACCAAAACCAAGAGUCGAUCAACGAAGAAGAGAAAGAAGAAGACCAGCUAAAUGCCGAUGAAUCGGCCGAAACGACUCAUGCGACGUACAGUGUAGCGUCGACAACCACAGCCGAAUCCGAGACGAAAGUGUUCAACGAAUACAAACAGAAGGUGAAAGAAAGAAUAGAAGGCGACGUUGUCACCUACAUAUUGGAUAGUGUGACCAAGACAUGGGUGCAACCCUGGCUGCAGAGCAAAAUCGAGGGCCUCAUCGUAUCCGCAGGUCAGAAUGUGUUGGAGCGCAUUGGCAGUAUGUGGAAGGGAUCGCAAGGUGAUUCGAAAAUGGCCGACAAUCAAGCCGAAGAAAACGAGGCAUUGAACGAAGAAGAGGCAAAAAAAGCUGAAAGUGAAAAGAAAGCCGCCGGUGCCAAGAAGGAACUUGAAGACUCGCUCGGGGAAGGAAACAGCCAGAAAGAGACGGAUGAAAAUGGAAACACUGUCGUUCAACCAAAGGAAUACAAAGAUGUUGUCACCAGUAUGGGUCAAGGCCAAGCCGCUGGUCUUCUGCAGAUGCAGAUGGUAGCGAAUGCAACUAAUUGCACGCUCGUAAUAAUUGACAAAACGGAAGAGAAGGAUUUCAAAAGCGACGACGGCCAAUUCAGCAUAACUCCGGAUGGAAAAUCUGAGAAAACCAUUCAACUCGUAUACACGAAGAACGAAGAUGGCACGAAGCAUGUUUCUCUCAUUGGACCCGACGGUAAAGAAAUGCAACUUCCACCUUCUAUGAUGAAUGCGAACGGGACGCCAGUCCCCCCGAACCGUUGCCUUUACGAGGCUGUCGCUGGUGCUCUGAGUAAGAAUGUGGACGAUCUCCUAUCGCAGGUGAAGGAGAAUGCACUCAACGAUAAAAUGUCGCAAUACCUGUACGACCAGAAAGUAAACGAGGCCUUACUGCACAUGCGAGUUGGUCUGAAACCCGAAGGUGAACGUGCUAAUCUGUUCCUCCUUGUAGACGAAAAUGGGAACGCUCGUCAUGUUUUAACUAGUAUAACAAAGAAAAAUCUGAAAGGUGGCAGUGAAGUUACUGGCGCUGCGAGAAAAGAACUAAAAAGCGAUGAGGAAAGAGAGGAAGAUGACCAAUGUGGCCAUUUGAUAGGGUUUUUGCUCGGCGGCGGAGGUGGUAAAAAAGUGCACAAUGUGGUUAACAUGAACAGUUCGCUCAAUCAAGGCGUGUACAAAAAAUUAGAAAUGGAGUUGGCAAAAUUCUUGGAGGAAAAUGAGAACGCAAGAGUUGACGUAGAUAUCUCACUGAAUGAGGGGAUUACGAACGGUAACCUUAAGAGUCCGUUAAAUCUCCGGUUUUCCUGGCGUAUGUCCGUAAACGAUGAUGUCGUAUCUCACAGCAGUGUAUUCUUCGUGAACAAGGCCGAUUACAAGACACACAAUGAAGUGGCAUAUGAAGAGAAGCCACUGCACCAGGAUAUACCUAUUCAUCGCGUCAAUAAUCCUGAAGGGGAAGAACCCACUGCGGAAAUUGUUCAUUUGGACGGACGGCAAGAGCCCGUCCAUCCUGGCUUAAGGCUGGUUCGCUCUGACGAAUACAAACCCCCGAAUCAAGAAAACGAACAACACAGAAGAAAUCAGAUUCUUGAAGUGAAUGAAGAGGAAGAUGUGCCAGUGAGGAGACAAGCGCAGAACUGAAAGUGCAAGAACACACCGGAGUACAAAUCCCAGUGAAGAAGACAAACCAAAGCAAAACAGCAGAAGUGAAAGACCCAGUGAAGACAAGAUUUUCAAACCGAAAGUGCAGUAACAGGUACAGCUUUAAAAAUGUCGGCUUGUAUUCAAGUUUGUGAGAAAAAAAAAUGAAAUAAGAAAAAACAAAAACCAAAAACAAACAUGUGAAAUGCAUAUCUAAGUUGAUAUCGAUAUUGCCUUGUUAAGAAAAGUAAUAACAUGGCAUACAUUUCAUUUUCAUUAUUUGGGCAGUAGAAUAUGUUAUUUGGUGUCGGGGGGUGUGAAAUAAUCAUUCAUUUACAAAUGCUUAAUAAAAUUCAUUUUAUCUGUUGAACAUUUAAUAAUAGACAUGCAAUCAAAGCUAGCCUACUUUGGGGAAACUUAAUCCUAGAAAUGUUCCCUUAUAUGCUCCCUUAUUAGUUAACAGAUGUUUAAGCACACAUUAAAAAAGCUUCAGCAUAGUGCAUUUACUUACAUAAUAGCCAAAUGAAUACUUUUGUUUUUUUGUUUUGUAUACCAAAAUAAAGAUAAAAUCAUGAAA